CAAAAGCGAACCGGAAGUUCCGACACUACUGUAAGUGGCUAGCAACUAAAGCUAAAAAGGUAAUCAUCAGAUCCAAACGCUUAUUUAACUUUACUCAUUAGUUAGGUGGAAUUAAUUUGAAACAGUGAACAUAUUGAGUAUGAAAAUGAGACGGAAGUAGAAAUAUUGCCAAAUCGUUUCAAUAAACUUCUGUCGAGCGGCUACUUUUUUUACCUGAGGGAAAAAUCAAUGCUGAGGUUGUAUAUGUGAGAGAUGGGCUCUGAAAACCCAGAGGACUUUGGGCCAGCUGUGAUCCUCGCUGAGGAAGAUCAGCAAGAAAUUGGAGGCCUGAUCAACUCCGAUGGAGAAGAAGUGGAUUUCUCAGAUCUCAGUGAGGAAAUCAAUUGUAACAGAGAGAGUGCUAUCGAUGGCAUUGUACCUGCGGAGGCUCCCUCCAAGACGUUUGAUCAAAGUGAGACUGAAAAACCACCGUCUCUUCACAGCUGCUCAGUGUGUGGUAAAGACUUCCCUUACGCCUCUAAACUUCAGCGCCACCUACGCACUCACUCCGGAGAGAGGCCUUUCCCCUGCUCCAUGUGUGAGAAGAGAUUUCCAGAAAAGGGGCUGCUCAUGAUCCAUGAAAGGGUCCACACUGGGGAAAAGCCAUUCCCGUGCACUUUCUGUGAGAAAAGAUUUGCCAGUCAGGGUGAGCUCAGACUGCACCGGCGGACACACACCGGCGAGAGGCCGUAUCACUGCUCCAUCUGUCUGAAGAGCUUUUCCCGACACUGGCAUCUGAAGACUCACUUAGAGGCGAUGCACUCUGAGGUUGUGGCGGGCUUUACGAGGAAGAAGUUUCCGUGUUCGGACUGUGAUAAGAGCUGUAACUCGGCAGCCGAGCUGAGAGAUCACCAGAGGACUCACACCGGAGAGCGGCCCUAUCAGUGCUCUUUCUGUGACAAAAGGUUCGCCUUGUCGGGAACACUUGUGAGACACGAGCGCCUCCAUACUGGCAUCACGCCCUACCACUGCUCCGACUGCGGUAAGACAUUUGCACAGCAGUGGACUCUGACGACACACAUGCGGACUCACACGGGCGAAAAGCCUUACAGCUGCACACAAUGCGAUAAGUCUUUUGUAGCUCCAGGAGAGCUUCGGAGGCACACCAGGAUUCACACGGGAGAAAAGCCGUACACCUGCAAGGACUGUGGGAGGCACUUCUCACUGGCAGGAACUCUCAGAAACCACAAACGAUCGUGUACACAGAACAAGAAUGGAUCAGUUCCAGGUGUAAUCUCAGACCCAGUUCAAGCUGCAGCUGGCGAAUCAUCCCAGCAAGACCUGGCCAACAACAUCCGCUCCGAGGGAGCGACAACGCACAGCAAUUACAAAGUGUCUGACAGUCCGAGUUUGCCCAGUGCAGUUGAGCCCCAUUCCUCAGAGGAUCAUAGCGGUGACAAAGCAGCUCAGUGUGGAAAUAACCCCCGAGAACCAGAAGACCGACCGGAGGAUGUCACUUCCAGUCCACAUAUGAAUGUAAUAGUGAAAGAGGAGGAAGAAGAGGAACCCUUGUGUGAAGAAGCUCCUGACCAGGUGUCUGGUAGUGAGGAUUGCACCAUGCAGGAGGAAACUGAAGAGCAGCAUCAGGAAAGCAACACAGAAAUUAGGAUAACAGUAAAGGAGGAAGAAGAGGAACUUGAGAACACGUCUGGAGAGGAUCCUGAUCAUGUCUCCGGCAGCGAUAAAGACAGCGCUCCAGCCUCACCAGGGCAGGAAGAGUGUAGCGACAAUCUGACAAAGAGCUCUUACUGCUGCGGGCUCUGUGGGAGAGACUGUCACAAGAUGUCGGCGCUUCAGAUUCACAUGCGAAUUCAUUCGGGUGAGAAGCCUUACCAGUGCAGUCUGUGUGGAAAGCAGUUCACCCAGAAAGGUCAGCUCAAGGGUCACCAGAAAGUCCACACGGGAGAGAAACCGUUCUCCUGCCCGGACUGCGGGAAGUGCUUCGCCCACUCGGGGGCCAUGAACAGACACCGGCUCACACACACAGGAGAGCGGCCCUACCACUGCUCUGUGUGCGACCGGAGCUUCAACCAGUCCGGCCGCUUGAGGGAACAUGAGAAGAUCCACUUUGGGGAGAAGUUUGACUGUCCCGAAUGUGAAAAGAGCUUCACCCGAGCUUCGAGCCUCAAGAACCACUUCAGGCUUCACACGGGCGAGAGGCCGUACGGCUGCGACAUCUGCGGGCGAGGCUUCAGCCGCUCACAAAGCCUGAGGCUCCACAAACGGAAACAUGAGCAGAUUCACACUGAGGAGGAGUCUGGAUUCAGCGCGAAGAACGAUGAUUCAUCACAGAGUGACGAUAACUCUCCGAUUAAUAUGUGUAUAGCAGACAAAAAUGACUGAAAAUGUAUUUAUUUAAACUACAGAGAUAUGUACCAGUAGUAUUAUAACGAUAGAAUGAAGAGUUUAGGCAGUAAAACGUGAACUGAAAAAGUUCAGGGACUACCUCUGUGAAAGAACUGUCACAAACUAUGUGGUUGUUCACAUAAAAGUAUUAAAGCUAAAAUUUUUAACUCCCUGAAAUUAAUAAACGCACACGUGUCAGGUGAUGUUCAGCAACUAACAACACUUUGAGACAAAAUGACCAAACAUAUUUACUACAAACACAACUUUCGUAAAAUCUUGGAAACUGUUUAGAUGAUAGAUUUUAGAGGUCAUAUUUACUCUCUUUUAUCACUCUUACCGAAGUUAGUUACAACAAAAUAUCGCACUCACAUUUAGAGUAUUUACUGUAGUGCAAAUGACUUAUUUAAGGUCCGUGAUUUCACAUUUUUCCAUGCAGUAUUUGUCAUUCAAACUAAUCGUGUAUGUGGACAUUGGAUUGAAGAGUAAUUGUUUAUGUAUCUGACGUUACAAUGGCCAAUAAGCUGUCUACGAAUCAGGUGAAACUGGAAUUCAUUUUUUUGGGGUAUGAAAUAUUUUUGGGAUCAUGAUAAUCAUCAUGGUCUUUUGCCAAAACCAUUUUGCCCUACUGGUGAUUAAUCUGUAUCUCUGUUAGUGAAUCAGGUUCACCUGGUUUAGAAAACUCUUAAAGGCCAAGUAACUAUUGUGAAUAAAGGAGUCAUCCUAUAAGACUGUGAUACAAAAGGCAAUAAUUUAAAGCCAUGUAGAUGGUAAAUUUUGCCCAGUGCUGCCUCUGUCUUAUUGUAUGGGACAUGUUAUACUGAAGAAUAAAAGUAAAAGUACUAAAAAA